AUGUCCAAAAUCUCCUCCACAUUUCUUCUUCAUUUCAUCCAUAAACGUUUUCUCAAUACCAUUUCUACUUCUGCACUGCCUUCACCCUCUGUUUCUACCAUCCAAUUCCUCACUAAUUCAUGUUCCCUUUCUUCAGAAUCUCCUACUUCCAAAGGUCGAAAGCUCCAAUUCGAUGAAAAACACAUCCAGCAGUACGAAGCCAUUAUCGGUUUCUUCAAAUCAUAUGGGUUCGAGAAUCCACAGAUCGCCAAUUUGGUUUCGAGGCGACCUUCGAUCCUUCAAUCCAGAGUAUCCACCAAUCUGAAGCCUAAAUUUGAGUUCCUCCAGGAAAUCGGGUUCGUCGGUCCUUUACUUCAUAAGCUAAUUCUUAAAAGCCCUACGAUUCUUGUAACGAGCUUGGAAUUUCAGUUGAAACCGUCAUUUUUUUUCAUAAAGGAAAUGCUUGAACCAGAUGAAAAGGUAACUGCUGCUAUUUGUCGUUCUCCAAAGCUUAUAACUUCUAAUUAUAAGGGUGAAUUGGAAUCCAUCGUUGACGUUUUGGUCAGUGAAGGAGUACCUUCUAAGAAUAUAGCCAGAAUGAUUGCAUAUAAGCCUGCAACUAUUAUGCAUAAGGUUGAUAGAAUGAUUGAUGUAGUGAAAAGGGUUAAAGAAUUAGGCUUUGAACCAAAGGCUCGCAUGUUUGUUUAUGCAGUUUUAGCAAGGAUUUCAAUGAGUGAUUCAACGUGGAAGAGGAAAAUAAAUGUUUUGAAGAGUUUAGGAUGGUCUGAGAAGGAGAUUCUUACAGCAUUUAAGAAAGAUCCAAACUAUUUAAGUUGUUCGGAGGAUAAAAUGAGGGAUGUUGCAGAUUUCUGUUUCAACACUGCAAAGCUGGAUCCAGGAACUGUAAUUUGUUACCCGAAGUUCUUCAAAUUUUCAGUCGACAAGCGACUCCAACCGAGGUACAAAGUUAUUGAGGUUCUGAAGGUGAAAAAUCUUCUUAAGAACAAAAAGAUUGCUUGGUUGCUUUUAGAAAGGGAGAGAGAAUUUGUGGAGAAAUACAUAGUUAAGCAUUUGGAUGAAAUUCCAAAUCUGAUGGACAUAUACAAGGGCAAUGUGGAAACAGAAGCCGAAACCAAAAGUGUUGUAUAG